AUGUCCAAGCAGCUUCAUGCUUCUGUGACCACAGGUACAAGAUUCAAGGGACUGCUGCCAACCUUCCAGGACGUGGACGCAAGAGGAAAUGCGACCCGAGGUUGCAGCGUGCAGGAAAUCAUUAUGUCUUCCCUUCACCUUUGGGUCACAAACGCAAACAAAAUAAAAAUAACAUAAAACUCGUGUGUAGGUGCUCGGCAGAGGAAGCACUACCGAGCUGUGGAGGGGGAGAGCUUCAUGAUGCCGUGCAGGAAAUCUGGUGACAAACUCACCAAGUGGUUCAAGACAGACGAAGGCAAAGAGGGAAAGGAGAGUUCAUCCAUUGACUGUAAAAGAAAGUUUAUUGCAGAAAUGAAACAUUCUGGAAUCUACAACAACACCGGCAUACUUCUGACUCUGCAGGUUGUGGAGAAAAUGAGCCUGAGCUGCUUUCAGCCGAAGGAGAGCAGUGUAACGCUGCGAGCGCACGCCGGCGGGCGGAUCAGCUGCCCCGGCCUCGCCUGUAGCAGCAACACAAGAGUCAUUUGGUACAAGGAAAACAAAGCUGUAUCUGAACAGCAGAGGUCCUCCUGUGAGGAGGGGGGGCUGCUGCAGCUCUGUACCGUCUAUCCAGAAGACUUUGGUUUGUUUUUCUGCAACAGACAAAUAAAUGAAGGAGGGGUCACAUGGACCUUCAGGAGGCCCGUUAACGUCACAGUCGUACCACAUCUUGAAGUAACAACGCCUCCAGAGAUUAUGUAUCCUUUUGUGAACGAAACCGAGGAAGUCAAGCUUGGUCAGUCUCACACCCUUACUUGUAAGGCGUAUUUUGAUUUUGAAAUAAACGUUUCACGAAAGGUGCAGUGGUUCAUGAAUUAUGGCGGCAACGUGAAGAACAAAACUCUACUGCACACGGAAAGUCCUCAAGAAAAUCCAGUGUUCUAUAAAAAGACUGAGGUCAUACAGAGAGCCACCCUAAGAGAAGUGACAGCUCAGCAUUUAAACCACACCUACACCUGCGUCGCAGGUAACACCGUCGGAAACAGCAGCGUCACAAUUCGACUGAAACUGAAAAAACAAGUAACGUGGCCUUCCCUCAUCGGGUAUCCCUUUGCGUGCUUCCUGCUGGUAGCCGGACUGGGAAUCAUCUUUCACAUGAAAUGGUUGGAAAUCCAGAUAAUCUGCAGAUCUCGCCUCCAGUUUGGAGAAAAUAACAGCGAAGAAAAAGACUUUGACGUGUUUCUGUCACAUGUGUGGAGCCCUCAACCUGCACACAGAGCUGAAGAUCUGAACUUUACCUCCACAUCAGGACUUUACAGUGAAGCAGCAUGUCUUUCUGUUAGAGAGACAUUAAAUUCUGCAGAGACUGCUCAGAGUCCAAUAGAAGUGCUGCUCGCCCAGGUGUUGGAGGACCAGUGGGGGUACAGAGUCUGUCUGCUGGAGCGAGAUAUACUUCCUGGAGGAGCUUAUACAAACGAUGUGGUUCUGGCUCUAAAGAGAAGUCAAAUGCUCAUCUGUGUCCUGUCGGCUGAAUAUCUCACCGACAGUAAUGCUGUGUUCAUACUGGAAUCAGGAGUAAAGGCUUUACUGCACAAAUCUCUCUUCAAACUCCUGCUAAUAUGGACCGGUGGAACUUCACGUUCCCUCGUCCAGCCGGACCCACCACUGCCCAAACUGGUCCAAAGGACCCUAAAGGUGCUACCCAGCCUGAACUGGACCUCAGACUCAUCUUCCACAUCAACCUGUACGUUCUGGACUUCUUUAAGGAAAGUCAUGCCCAACCACAGAGAAAUGACGGUUUCACACACGUGA